UCACCCAGCAGCGCACUGUAAACACAGUGACCGCCCAGCUUCCCAUCUGGACAGCUGUCUCACCCAGCAGCACACUACAAAUCCAAUGACUGCCCAGCUUCCCAUCUGGACAGCUGUCUCACCAAGCAGCGCACUGUAAAUACAGUGACCACCCAGCUUCCCAUCUGGACAGCUGUCUCACCCAGCAGCGCACUGUAAACACAUGCUGUAAUAGAGUUUAGCUCUUAUUAAUAAUCAGUUCAUGUAAUAAUUCUCUGUGAGAGAGAUUAGAGGCACUGAGGUCUUCAAACUGCACAACUCUGACUCUAAAUUCUUCCACAUUGGAACAUUUUGUGUCAACUAUGUUUUUGCACCUUAAUGAUGAAAUUGUGCUUAAACAUGUAGGAAUUCUCCUUUAAUGCAGCUUUUAACAGCUACAGAUAUCAGUACUAAACUCACACCUGCCUCAACAGCAGAUGCUCAUUUCUGUGAUCUGUUGACUGAGGCAUGUUAGAGGAUGAAAACAAUACAACUGUGAAUUAUCUAAUCAACUUUGUUGUUUUCAGUCCUUCCAAAGGAACAUCCUCUCUUUAGGCCUCAUCCAGUGUGGUGGCAGUCUGUAUCACUGUCAACACUCAACUGUGCUCUUACCCAAGUGGCCUCAUCCUCAUGCUUCUUUCAGUACAUUGAACAUCAUCGUCUGGACAUCAGCUCGACCUCGGCAUGCCCUCGCACAACGCAACGCAAUUCAUCGCAUCACAUCUACCAAAGACCGUGUACUGGCAGAAUCACUCCGGCGCUUGACCGGUCAGAACCAAGUGAGCGAGCUGACUAAUCAGAACGUACUGGGUUCAUCAGGAAGGAGGGGCUUAAAGACACAGGAGCUCUAACAGAGCGUUUCAGACAGAGGAAGCCCCAAAGACGAUGAUCCAGGAGCACGUGUGGCUUCACCCACCCAGUCCUCUCACAGCCUGUGGGUGCUGGGGGGUCAGCUGCUUCCCAAAGCUGACCCUCUUCAGCAGAAAGGACCAAAUCCUGGAGAGGUGGAGACAGCAGGAGAGUCUCCAACAGCUUUGGAGAGAGAUGGAGAGAGAGAAGGAGCUGAAAGAGAGGGAGCAGAAGAGAGAGAAGAAGGAGCAGAGGAGGAGGAAGCUGGAAGAGAGGAGGAGGCAGCGAGAGAGGGAGAAGCAGAAGGAGAUAGAAAUGGUUCAGUGGAGGCUGCAGAUCCUGAUGGAGCGGCAGAGAGUGGAGGAGGAAGAGAGGCAGGAGCUCCAGAGACUCAGAGAGCUGGAGAAAGAACUGCAGCUGAAAGAGCUGAGAGAGCGAGAAGGAGUUCAGUGCCUCUUCUCAGGGCUGUUACAGUGAUGGCGUCUGAUUGAUCUGCUCUUUUUCCUCUUCAUUGACUGAUGGAGUCGUGGAUGAAGAAGGAGAGGCUGCAGUUCAGCAGUGAUGAGUUCUAGACUGACUGUGUGUGAAAGACUCAUCACUGGUUCUCAGCAGUUCUUUAAAGAGGGUGCAGCACUUUGAGAAACGCUGCAUUGGCCACUGCAGAGAAAGGCAGUCCAACACAAUGAAGCAGAACUUCCAGUCAGACGAACCAAACCUGGACUGGGCCGUUUGGAUCUCUUCAGCUAAGCUAAGUUAGCGAGGAGAAAGGACCUGGCUAGCAUUAGCUUAGCUAGGAGGCUCCACCUCCAGACACCAGAGAAGAGGUUUAAUUUCAGCUGAUCAGCCGAUCGACUUCGCCUCCUCAGAUUUGAGUCAUUAUCUUCUAAAUCCGCGUCAGUAAAGAUUUUGAUGGUCAGAAUUGAACCUGUUCUCUGGUCAGCAGAGCUGACAGCAUGCUAGCUAAGCUAACGCUAACCUGGUUAGCAGCGGCAUUUAACCCUUAGGAACUGGUGUUAGAUUGAAACUUUGAUGUGGAGGAAAAACCGGCACUAAUUUUAUCUGUUUGGAUAAAAGUGAGUGAACUGGAAUUACUUGAGAGCCCAAACAGGCUGCGCCCUGUUUUUAAGGAAUUGUCCAGCUUGUCAGACUGUGUGUGUGUGUGUGUGUGUGUGUGUGUGUGUGUGUGUGUGUGGAAGAAAAACGGCUGCAAUGGUUUCUGUCCACGCUAAGAACCAUUCACACGAGACAGACAGACAGACAGACAGGAAGACCAACAGAUAGACAGACAGGCAGACAGGUAGACAGAUGGGCAGAUGGGCAGACAGACAGACGGAUAGACAGGCAGACAGACAGACA